AUGAGCGGUCACACACUCCCUGUUGAUUUGAAGCAAUUCAAGCACCUGAAGCUUGACCCCAAGACCCCUCAGCUGUCCGCCCAGCAGAAGAGCGAUCUGCUGCACAACAUCAAUAUCUUCAGAGAUGCUCUAGUGGCCUUCACAGCCACCGGUGCUGCUCGUGGUGUCUCCGGACACACCGGAGGUCCCUUCGAUACCGCCCCCGAGGUCUGCAUCCUGCUGGCCUUCAUCAAUGCCAACCCCAACAAGUGGGUGGAUGCUCUGUACGACGAGGCCGGCCACCGUGUCGCCACGCAAUACCUCCUCGCUGCCCUGGAUGGCAAGAUUGAGCCUGACCACUUGCUCAACUACCGUGCCGCCGACUCUCACCUCCCCGGCCACCCCGAGCUUGGCUUCACCCCCGGUGUGAAGUUCAGCUCCGGUCGUCUCGGUCACAUGUGGGGCAUGGUCAACGGUAUUGCCAUGGCCAACAAGGAUAAGAAUGUCAUCAUGCUGGGCUCCGAUGGCUCCCAGCAGGAGGGUAACGAUGCCGAGGCUGCUCGUCUUGCUGUUGCCCAGAAGCUGAACGUUAAGCUGUUCAUCGAUAACAACGAUGUGACCAUUGCCGGACACCCCUCACAGUACCUCAAGGGCUACGAGAUUGGUCGUACCCUCGAUGGCCACGGUCUGAAGGUGCUCCGCGCCGAGGGAGAGAACGUCGAGUCUCUUUACUCCGCCAUGUGCGAGGUCAUCAACUACGACGGUCCCGCCGCUGUGAUCGUUGACCGUAAGAUGGCCCCCGGUAUUGAGGGCAUUGAGGGGGAGACCCACGCCCACGAUGUCAUUACCGUGGACAUUGCCCGCAAGUACCUCACCAAGCGCGGCUACAGCGAGAAGCAGCUUGCCUUCUACGACCAGAUCAAGCCUGGCUCCAACCCUCACACCUACAAGGGUUCUACCAAGGACAAGGGUGGAAACCGCACCAUCUUCGGUGACGCCGUCAACGACAUCCUUGACAAGCUCAGCAAGGAAGAGGCCCAGCGCCGCGUCAUGGUCAUUGACUCUGACCUUGCCGGUUCCACCGGUCUCAAGGCUAUUGGUGCCAAGCACCCCGAGUCCUUCGUUGCAUCCGGUGUGAUGGAGCGAGGCAACUUCUCCGCUGCCGCUGGAUUCGGCUUCGGUAGCAACGGUGAACGCCAGGGUGUGUUCUCCACCUUCUCUGCCUUCCUGGAGAUGUGUAUCUCCGAGAUCACCAUGGCUCGCCUGAACGACUGCACUGUGCUCUCCCACUUCUCCCACAGUGGAGUUGACGAGAUGGCCGACAACACCUGCCACUUCGGCCUGAACCACUUCUUCGCCGACAACGGUCUCAUGGAUGCCGCCAGCACCUCGCUCUACUUCCCCGCCGAUGGCGAGCAGAUGAAGGCUGUCGUCAACGAGGUCUUCUGGAACAAGGGCCUGCGUUUCAUCUUCUCCACCCGCUCCAAGGUUCCCUACAUUCUGAAGGAGGGCACCGAGAGCAAGCUCUACGGCGAGGGCUACAAGUUCGUCCACGGCAAGGAAGAGAUCGUCCGCAAGGGUUCCGCCGGUUACAUCGUUUCCUACGGUGACAUGCUCUACCGCUCCCUGGACGCCGUCGAGAACCUGCGCGCCGAGGGUCUCGACGUCGGUCUGAUCAACAAGCCUACUCUGAACGUCGUCGACGAGGAGACCAUCAAGGUGUACGGAUCCUCGCCCUUCGUCCUGGUCGUCGAGUCCAUUGCCCAAAAGACCGGUCUCGGCUCCCGUCUCGGAACCCACCUCCUGGAGCGCAAGUUCACCCCCAAGUUCAAGUCCAUCGGAGCCAUCAAGGAAGGCUGCGGUGGUCUGUACGAGCAGGUCAACGCCCAGGGUCUCGGCCCGGCCGAUAUCAUCGCCGCCGUGAAGGAGGUUUCCAAAUAA